CCCCUGUCUUUGCUCCUCGUCACUGUACCAUACCGUACCAUUGCCUGCCAGCCAGCCUGCGAGGAUGGCCAGCAGCGGUAGACUGGCCGCCAGCUCAUCCUCUGCAUCUUCACGGUCCACACUCGCUGUGCCAACCUCACGCUCGGACGCAGCGCCCAUCCGCCGACACUCCCUCUUCGGCACAGAAGAUCGAGUCGUACUCGACAUUGGCUCGCGAUGGUCAAAGGUGGGAUUCAGCGGUGAGGCACAGCCUAGAAGGAUAUUCAAGACGGUUGAAGCAGCUCGUAGGCCAGGGAUAGAUUUCGCGCCAGACUGCUACCCGCAAGGCUCGACUCUCACAGGCGAUGAAGUCGAUGAUGCUGCUACUGCUGAUGCCGCUCUCCAGCGACAGGACCUCCUCUGGGAUCUCGACAUCUCCCGCGGCACCAGCACCAGCAGUGUCCAAUCGCGCCGCCUUCUACUCAAGGCCAGACUCACAGUACUCCUCCGAAAAGUGUACAGCGAAUAUCUGCUCACAGACCCUGCGGCGCGCAAGGUCAUCCUGGUAGAAAACCCUCACAUGCCCACCUUGAUUCGCGAGACUAUAUACGAGGUCCUCUUCCUCAACCUUCGCGUUCAGAUGGUUGCACCCAUGAGUACAGCGCUCCUUUCCGUCUUUGCCACGGGCUGUCUGACCGGACUGGUAGUGGACGUGGGGGCAUUGGAGACGAGGAUAGUGCCGGUAUGUCAUGGACGGCCGUUGCUCACACACUUUGCUUCGACGACGAGGGGUGGACGAGGCUUGGAGAGGAGACUGAGAGCACUGCUACUGCGCUAUGGGCGACACGUCCUUCCCGUCAGCUCGGAUGGCAGUGAGACAAGCAUUGCAUCUCGCACGAGGAAGAUCAGACCUGCCUUGCUCACGCAGGAGAUGUUGCAAGAAAUCCUCGUCAAAUGCUGCUUCGUAGGGGAGCCUCUCUCGUAUAUAGCUAUCGCAGACAGGUCAGUCGAUACAUCACCGACCCGCACUCGGAACAGGCAGCAGCCGCAGGAGGGCCGACUGCCUGAUUGGCAGCUUCCUCAUACUGGCGAUUAUGAUACGAUCUCCCAGUCCACCUCUGCGUUAAGAGAGUACGAUGAAGCAAACGAUGCCAAGACGUUGAAAAGGUUGCGCACUACUUAUAUACGGCAGACCAGCGCCGGUCACAUGCUCGUCCCGCUCAAGCCUCCUAAACAAGCAUGGGGUAUCCUACCAACAAGGGCCGUCACCGUUCUCGGCGCUACGUCGUCGUCUCCUGCCAAUGCGAGCGAAGAUGCAACAUGGCCUCGCGAAGCCAGAGGCGAUCUCAUAAUUCCAGGAUGGCUGCGCGAGCACCUCCUGGACUUCUUCUGGGAGCAGAGCUCAGAAAAGGGCGGGAGCGACGAGGAAGACGAGAGUAUCGCAUCUCUGCUGCUGCACACGAUUGUGGGCUUGCCCAUCGAUCUACGUAGGGAGAUGAUCGGGAGCAUCUUGGUCAGCGGAGGAUAUGCCUCCUUUCCCGGUUUCCCGCACCGUGUCCGCCUGGAAUUGGAAAGCUUGCUUGAUGCAAUUGACAUUCCGGGCCUAGGCGGUCAGCACGAGGAACAACCUACGACGCCCGGCGUGAAGAUCUCGACAUCGCUCUCGAUCACGCGCACCGCAACUCGACAGCCCCACUCCAGUACUAGCCGCUGUACGCUUCCUUGGAGGGAUCAAGUUACCUUUUCGACGCUCAAACCACUUCGGGGCCACAUUGCAGUACUCAACGAUCAUCUCCCUUCGGGCUCCAUUGCCACGCCCCGUACCGCCACAGGCUCUGCUCACCCAACGUCUCCCAGCGGUCCCUCUGCUGGCUCGGGCACGGGUACGGGUACGAGAGGAGGUACAGCUCCCCUGCUCCCACCCCUCAUCUACCCAUGGUUCGGAGCCUCCCUCGCUGGAUCGCUCAAGCUCGCAUCGGUCGAGGCUGUUACGCGCGAGGAGUGGGAGACGGAGCAGAGGAGGAAGAGGAGGAGAGAGGCAAAAGGGGAGAGGGAGAGGGACAGGGCCAAAGGUCCGAGGAGUUCGCAGGAAGGAAAGGGAAAGAUACCGAUCCCAGUGCCGGUGUCGGUAGUUGAGCCAGCAGUUGCAGCAGCAGGAAGUACUCUCGCCCCUCCUUCCCGUCCAGGUUUCGGAGCCACUGGCGGGGUCAGCUCCAGCAGCUCCAGCUCCAGUAGCAGCAUCGGAGAAGGUGCCGGAGCUGGAGCUGCAGGUGCAUCAAGCAAGAGUCGCGGUCGAGGUUCCUUUAUGGGUGUAGUUAGUGGUCUGGAGACGGGGGCUUAUGGCGGGCUGAGUACGGUCAGUCGACAUUUGAACGUGGUAGGAGGACCGGGGGGACUGCGAUCGCCUCCGCUGGCUGGAGGAGGUGGUAGUGCGAGUGGCAGUGCGAGUGGACGGGACUCGCCCGUUGGGUGAGUGAGAGGGAGAGGUAGAAGGUACGACUUGAUGCAGUGCAGGAAACUGGGACGUACACACAGGGAGAAGUGUCGUGUAGUGAUGCAGAACGUACAGUCCAAGUACAAGUACAAGAGCCCCGCCACUCAAGCAAGGAAGGCGGGCAGGCAGGCAGGCAAGCGAUUGAGAAAUACAAGAUACCCCAUUCUUCUUUAACUUCCAUUCAGCCGAGUCUUUGUCCCCGAUCCUAUUCACUCAA